AUGGGAGACAAGGAUAGUGUGGAAAAGUACCUGGAGAACAAUCCCCAGUUCGCUAAAGAGUACUUUGAUAAAAAGUUGCGCCCCGAAUUAAUCACGACAGCGUUCACAGAAAAUCUUGAGAUCAAAGAUCCGACUUCGUUCAAAGAUGUCUCCCAAAUUCAGGAGGCCAACAUCAUCUUUGACCUUGUCAAAGAAAUGCAAUCGGAAAUCGUUAUGGAAAAAGCAUUGCACAAGGUCCUGCAGAGAGUUUGCAUGAUUUUGAACGCCGACCGGUGCAGUUACUUUGAUCUUCGAUCUAGAAACGGAAUACCUGAACUUACAACGAUGCUCUUCAAUGUCACUCCUAGCACCAAAUUUGAGGAGAACCUCGUCAACCCCACUGGUGAGAUUGUGUUUCCAAUCGAUAUGGGUGUAGUUGGAUACACAGCGCACUCCAAAAAGAUGCAAAACAUUCCGGAUGUUACCAAGAAUAACCGCUUCAGUGACUUUGUGGACAAGCAGACAGGAUACAAAACCAAAAACAUGCUCACAUACCCCAUCAUGGCUGAUAAAGAAUGCCUUGGUGUUGUGAUGGCACUUAACAAAAUUGGGGCCGAAGAAUUCUCAAAAGCCGACGAGGAACUCUGGAACAAGUACUUGGUCUUUGCACACGUCAUUGCCCUGCAGCAUCACACUGCAUACAUGUUCAACGUGGAAUCCAGGAGGAGUCAGGUACUUCUGUGGUCUGCCAGCAAAGUGUUUGAAGAGUUGACAGACAUUGAGAGACAGUUUCACAAAGCUCUGUACACUGUGAGAAUCUACCUCAAUUGUGAAAGAUACUCCGUGGGCCUCUUGGACAUGACCAAAGAGAAGGAGUUCUACGAUGAGUGGCCAGUGAAGCUGGGAGACGUACCGCCAUACAGCGGACCAAAGACCCCCGACGGAAGGGAAGUCAUCUUCUACAAGAUUAUUGACUAUCUCUUAGAAGGACCCAAAGAGGAAAUCAAAGUCAUACCGGGACCUCCUAUUGACCACUGGGCCCUGGUCAGUGGACUCCCCACCUAUGUUUCUGAGAACGGCUUUAUUUGUAACAUGAUGAAUGUUGCCGCUGAUGACUACUUCACCUUCCAGAAAGAGGCUGUGGAUGAGUCAGGUUUCGUCAUCAAGAACGUCUUGUCCCUUCCCAUAGUCAACAAAAAGGAAGAAAUCGUGGGUAUUGCCACUUUCUUCAACAGGAAAGAUGGGAAACCAUUCGAUGAGCACGACGAACAGAUCACUGAGGCCCUCACUCAGUUCCUGGGAUGGUCGGUGCUCAACUGCGACACGUACGACAGACUGAACAGGAUGGAGUGGAGAAAGGACAUCGCCCAGGAGAUGCUCAUGUGUCAGAGCAGAUGCACCAACACUGAAAUGCAGAGUAUCCUGAACACAAAGGAGAAGUUUGAUGCCGACCCAGAGGACUGUGAUCAGAAGGAGAUGUACAAACUCUUGAGAUCAAACUGCCCUGUGGCCAUAGAUGUCGACCUGCUGCUGUUCUCCUUCAGCGACUUCCCUGUGACAGAGCACGGCCUCAUCAUGUGUGGAAUUCGCUGCUUCUUUGAGCUGAACGUGGUGGAGAAGUUCAAAGUGCCCGCAGAGACCCUGACCCGAUGGAUGUACACUGUCCGGAAAGGUUACCGUGACAUCACCUACCACAACUGGAGACACGGCUUCAAUGUGGGCCAGACCAUGUUCUGUCUUCUACAGACUGGCAGGCUGAGGAAAUAUUACUCUGACCUGGAUGCCUUUGCCAUGGUGGCUGCUGCAUUCUGCCACGAUAUUGACCACAGGGGGACCAACAACUUAUACCAGACAAAGAGUGGAUCGCCUUUAGCCAAACUGCACGGAUCCUCCAUCAUGGAGAGGCACCAUCUGGAAUAUAGCAAGACGCUCAUGGCUGAGGAGAGCCUGAACAUUUUUGUGAAUCUCCAGAAGCGGCAGUUUGAGACUGUACAGCACUUGUUUGACGUCUGCAUCAUUGCCACUGAUCUGGCGUUGUACUUCAAAAAAAGAACAAUGUUCCAGAAUAUUGUGAACGCCACUGAGCCAAUGGAAACCGAGAAGGACAAAAUCGAGCACAUUUCCAACAACGCCAUCAGGAAGGAAAUUAUCAUGGCCAUGAUGAUGACAGGUUGUGACUUGUCUGCCAUCACCAAACCAUGGGAGGUCCAGAGCAAGGUGGCUCUAAUGGUCGCAGCUGAGUUCUGGGAGCAAGGUGACUUGGAAAGGACCGUUCUCGAUCAGCAACCCAUUCCCAUGAUGGACAGAAACUGUGCAGCGGAGUUACCCAAGAUGCAGUGCGGUUUCAUUCAGUUUGUGUGUGCGUUCGUAUACAAGGAAUUCUCGAGGUUCCACGUAGAGAUCACCCCAAUGUUUGAUGGGCUGAACAACAACCUAAAGAACUGGAAAGAGCUGGCCGACAUCCACGCCGCCAAGAUGGCGGCCAUUGAAGAAGAGAAAAAGAAGCUUGAAGCACCAGCAGUCCUGGCCGUGUGGCAGAGGAUCCCUGGGCGCAGCAAGCAGUCAGUGGGGAGACCGUGUGAAGAUGUGUCCCUGUGUGGACUGACUUAA